AUGGAUCAAAGGAAGAAUGACAGUAUUGUUCCUAGUAUCACUCAGUUAGAAGAUUUUCUUACAGAACACAAUUCCAAUGUUGUUUGGCUCCUUGUUGCUACCAUUUUGUCCUGUGGAUGGAUUAUUUAUCUCACCUAUUAUAACUCUCGGAAUGUUGGUCUUAUUUUAACACUGGUUCUUAAUAGAUUAUACAAACAUGGCUAUAUUCAUAUUGGCUCCUUCUCUUUCUCUGUUCUUUCUGGAAAAGUUAUGGUUCGUGAAAUCUACUACAUUACAGAAGACAUGUCUAUUAGAAUUCAAGAUGGAUUUAUCAUUUUUCGGUGGUGGAAAAUGUAUAACCCAAAGCAAAAGCAACAUGAUCCAAAGGCAGAAACCCGAUUAUAUAUCACAGUCAAUGACUUUGAAUUUCAUGUGUACAAUCGUUCUGAUCUUUAUGGACGCCUUCAAGAAUUAUUUGGUUUGGAACCAACAAUAAUUCUACCAAAGAAAGAAGAUGAUAAAACACGGGAAAAUGGAAGAACAAGAACGCAGUCCAAAAUUGAAAGAGUUAAAGUAAAAACAGAAUCUCAUGACCCCACGUCUUCCUGGAGAUCACUUAUUCCAGUCAUAAAGGUCAAUGUGAGCACAGGGCGUUUGGCCUUUGGGAAUCAUUACCAACCUCAAACUCUAUGCAUCAACUUUGAUGAUGCCUUCUUAACUUAUACUACAAAACCACCUUCAAGUCACCUUGACCAAUUUAUGCAUAUUGUGAAAGGAAAGCUUGAAAAUGUUCGAGUCAUGCUUGUUCCUAGUCCAAGAUAUGUGGGUCUUCAAAAUGAUGAACCACCAAGAUUAAUGGGAGAAGGUUUUGUGGUGAUGCAGUCAAAUGAUGUUGACAUCUAUUACUACAUGGAUGAGCCAGGGAUUGUUCCAGAAGAAACAGAAGAAAAUAUUGAAGAAGAAAUGAGUAGUGAGGAUUGCAAAUUGCAAGACUUACCUCCAUGUUGGGGACUGGAUAUAGUGUGUGGUAAAGGAACAGAUUUCAACUAUGGACCUUGGGCUGAUAGGCAGAGAGAUUGUUUAUGGAAGUUUUUCUUUCCACCUGAUUAUCAAGUUCUAAAAGUUUCCGAAAUUGCACAGCCUGGGAGACCAAGGCAGAUCCUUGCUUUUGAACUACGGAUGAAUAUUAUUGCAGAUGCUACAAUUGACUUGCUGUUUACUAAAAAUAGGGAAACAAAUGCUGUACAUGUAAAUGUAGGAGCUGGCUCAUAUUUAGAAAUUAAUAUUCCAAUGACAGUCGAAGAAAAUGGUUACACACCUGCAAUUAAAGGACAACUUUUACAUGUUGAUGCCACAACUAGCAUGCAAUACCGGACCCUUUUAGAAGCAGAAAUGUUAGCCUUCCACAUCAAUGCUAGCUACCCCCGAAUAUGGAACAUGCCACAGACAUGGCAGUGUGAACUAGAGGUUUAUAAAGCCACCUAUCACUUCAUCUUUGCACAGAAGAACUUUUUUACAGAUUUAAUUCAAGACUGGUCUAGUGAUAGUGCUCCAGACAUUUUUUCAUUUGUUCCAUAUACGUGGACUUUUAAAAUCAUGUUUCAUCAGUUUGAAAUGAUUUGGGCUGCUAAUCAACACAAUUGGAUUGACUGUUCCACCAAACAACAGGAAAACGUUUAUCUGGCAGCCUGUGGAGAAACACUAAACAUUGAUUUCUCUUUGCCUUUUACGGAUUUUGUGCCAGCUACAUGUAAUACCAAAUUCUCUUUAAGAGGAGAAGAUGUUGAUCUUCAUUUGUUUCUACCAGAUUGCCACCCCAGUAAAUAUUCAUUAUUUAUGCUGGUAAAAAAUUGCCACCCAAAUAAAAUGCCUCAUGAUACUGGUAUUCCUGCUGAAUGUCAAAGUGGCCAGAAAACAGUUAAACCAAAAUGGCGGAAUAUUACUCAAGAAAAGGCUGGUUGGGUUGAAUGCUGGACUGUCCCAAGUGUGCUGUUGACAAUUGAUUAUACAUGGCAUCCAAUUUAUCCACAGAAAGCUGAUGAACAGCUAAAACAAUCAUUAUCAGAAAUGGAAGAAACAAUGCUAUCUGUACUAAGACCAUCUCAGAAAACAACAGACAGAGCUGUUUCUUCUCCCUCUACUUCUUCACGCCCACCUAUUGAUCCUUCAGAGCUUCCACCUGAUAAACUCCAUGUAGAAAUGGAACUUUCUCCAGAUUCCCACAUAACUCUCUAUGGACCUCUGUUAAAUGCUUUUCUUUGUAUAAAGGAAAAUUACUUUGGGGAAGAUGACAUGUAUAUGGAUUUUGAAGAGGUUAUUUCUAGUCCUGUUCUUUCACUGUCAACGUCAUCCAGCUCUGGGUGGACUGCUGUUGGAGUUGAAAAUGACAGAAAGGAAAAUGAAAGUUCAGCCAAAUUAGUUCAUCCACUUUCUUUGCGUCCUUGGGAUAUUACCGUGCUUGUUAAUUUGUACAAAGUUCAUGGGAGUCUUCCUGUUCAUGGGACUACUGAUGGUCCUGAAUGCCCUACAGCUUUCUUGGAAAGACUGUGUUUUGAAAUGAAAAAAGGAUUUAGGGAGACCAUGCUACAACUAGUCCUGUCACCCCUGAAUGUGUUUGUCAGUGAUAACUAUCAGCAGCGACCUUCUGUGGAUGAAGUACUCAGGGAAGGUCACAUCAAUUUGUCAGGUCUGCAGCUGAGAGCACAUGCUAUGUUCUCAGCAGAAGGUCUUCCUUUGGGAAGUGAUUCCUUAGAAUAUGCAUGGCUAAUUGAUGUGCAGGCUGGAAGCCUUACAGCUAAGGUCACAGCACCACAGUUGGCAUGUCUCUUGGAGUGGGGACAGACAUUUAUAUUUCAUGUGGUAUGUCGGGAGUAUGAAUUGGAAAGACCAAAGUCAGUAAUAAUAUGUCAGCAUGGAAUUGAUCGUCGAUUUUGUGAAUCCAAGUUGAGUUGCAUUCCUGGGCCUUGUCCAACUUCAGAUGAUUUGAAAUACACUAUGACUCGUUUAGCAGUAGAUGGAGCUGAUAUUUAUAUUGUGGAGCAUGGGUGUGCUACAAAUAUAAAGAUGGGUGCAAUUCGGGUUGCAAACUGUAAUCUCCACAAUCAGUCGGUUGGGGAAGGAAUAAGUGCUGCAAUUCAGGAUUUUCAAGUGAGACAAUACAUUGAGCAAUUAAAUAAUUGCAGAGUUGGACUCCAGCCUGCAGUGCUACGGAGGGCCUAUUGGCUUGAAGCUGGGUCAGCCAAUUUAGGACUUAUUACUGUUGAUAUUGCAUUAGCUGCUGAUCAUCAUUCUAAACAUGAGGCACAAAGACAUUUCUUAGAAAUUCAUGAUGCCAGAACUAAGAGGUUGUGGUUUCUGUGGCCAGAUGAUACCCUGAAGAAUAAGAGGUGUAAGAAUAAGUGUGGUUGUCUUGGUGGUUGCAGAUUUUUUGGUGGCACAGUAACUGGCCUAGAUUUCUUCAAACUUGAAGAGUUGACACCUUCCAGUAGCUCUGCAUUUUCAAGUACAAGUGCAGAGUCUGAUAUGUAUUAUGGACAGUCACUUUUACAGCCUGGAGAAUGGAUUAUUACUAAAGAAAUUCCUAAAAUUAUAGAUGGUAAUGCAAAUGGCAUGAAGAGGAAAGAAUGGGAAAACAAGCCAGUGGGAAUAGAAGUAGAGAAAAAAAAUCAACACCUUAGUCUUCAAGUGCCGUUACGAUCUCAUAGUUCAUCCUCUUCUUCAGAAGAGAAUAGCAGUUCCAGUGCUGCACAGCCUUUAUUGGCAGGUGAAAAGGAAAGUCCUUCUUCUGUUACUGAUGACCAUAUGAUUCAAAAAGAGUUCUUACAUGGUACGAAAAGAGAUGAUGGCCAAGUAAGUAUCCCUACAGAAGUUUCAGGAAAUAGCCCUGUGUCUCCUAAUGCUCAGGAUAAGUCAGUAGGUCAGUCUCCUCUCAGAUCUCCCUUGAAACGACAAGCCUCUGUGUGUUCCACCCGUCUUGGAAGUACCAAAAGUCUUACUGCUGCUUUUUAUGCAGACAAGCAGCCUGUUACAGUUGGAGUCCAGUUUAGUAGUGAUGUCUCCCGAAGUGAUGAGAAUGUGCUAGACUCACCAAAGCAAAGAAGAAGUUUUGGUUCGUUCCCGUACACCCCAUCAGCAGACUCUAAUUCAUUUCAUCAGUAUCGAUCCAUGGAUUCCAGCAUGUCAAUGGCUGACAGUGAAGCCUACUUUUCUGCAGCUGAAGAAUUUGAACCUAUUAGCAGUGAUGAAGGCCCAGGAACUUAUCCAGGCAGAAAAAAGAAGAAAAAGCAGACUCAGCAGAUUGACUACAGUAGGGGUUCCAUAUAUCACAGUGUGGAAGGACCACUUACUGGCCAUGGAGAAAGCAUUCAGGAUCCCCGAACCCUGCCAUUCAAAACUCAUCCUUCCCAGGCUUCAUUCGUUUCUGCAUUAGGUGGAGAGGAUGAAGUUACAGAACAUCUGUAUAUUAUAGAAGGGGAGAAAACAGUAGAAAGUGAACAGAUUACUUCUCAGCAACCUGUGAUGAGUUGUUAUCAGACUUACCUUACUCAGUUCCAGGUAAUUAAUUGGUCGGUUAAGCACCCAACCAACAAAAGAACCUCUAAAUCCUCAUUGCACCGUCCCCUUGACCUGGAUACGCCAACCAGUGAAGAAAGUUCAUCAUCAUUUGAACAGCUUUCUGUUCCGACUUUUAAGGUUAUCAAACAGGGGCUCGCAGCUAAUUCUUUGCUAGACAGAGGGAUGCAACUUUCAGGAUCAACUUCAAAAUAUAUUGAAGCAAUGGUUCAUUGUGCUAGUACCCGACAUCCAGCUGCAAUAGUAGAUGAUCUUCAUGCUAAAGUCCUCAGGGAAGCUGUCCAAAAUAGCAAGACUACCUUCUCAGAAAAUUUAUCUUCCAAACAAGAUGUUAGAGGAACAAAAACAGAGCAUCUUACCAUAGGAACUACUACCCCAGGACAAGGACAGACAAAUCUUACAACAAAGCAAGAUAAUGUAACGAUUAAAGGUCUUCAGGCUAAUGUUAGCAUACCAAAGGUAAAUUUAUGUUUGUUACAAGCCUCAGUAGAAGAAUCUCCAACUACAGCUCCUAGUAGAAGUGUGACUCAUGUUUCCCUAGUAGCACUGUGUUUCGAUAGAAUUGCUACACAAGUCCGUAUGAACAGAGGUGUGGUUGAAGAAACUUCAAACUAUGCAGAACCUGGUAGAACAUCAAAUUUUGAUAGGUAUGUCCAUGCCACCAAGAUGCAGCCUCAGUCAUCUGGCUCUCUCAGAUCAAAUGCUGGAGCAGAAAAAGGCAAAGAAAUUGCAGCCAAGUUAAACAUUCAUCGAGUUCAUGGGCAACUUAGGGGUCUUGAUACAACAGACAUUGGUACCUGCGCCAUCACUGCUAUUCCUUUUGAGAAGUCCAAAGUUUUGUUUACACUUGAAGAGCUGGAUGAGUUUACCUUUGUAGAUGAAACUGAUCAUCAGGCUGUUCCGGAUGUAACUAGAAUAGGUCCAAGCCAAGAAAAAUGGGGUUGGAUAAUGUUUGAAUGUGGACUUGAAAAUCUAACCAUAAAAGGAGGAAGACAGUCUGGUGCUGUUCUAUAUAAUACUUUUGGAAUUAUGGGUAAAGCUAAUGUCACAGAAAGGGGUGGAGUGCUGACAUCCAAUAAUUCUUCUGAUUCUCCAACUGGCAGUGGCUAUAAUACAGAUGUCUCUGAUGAUAAUCUUCCUUGUGACCGAACAAGUCCUUCCUCAGACUUAAAUGGAAAUUCUGUUUCAGAUGAACAGGAUGAGGGAGUCGAAUCUGAUGACUUGAAAAAAGAUCUACCUCUGAUGCCUCCACCUCCAGAUUCAUGCAGCAUGAAGUUGACCAUCAAAGAAAUUUGGUUUAGUUUUGCAGCUCCCACCAAUGUGAGAUCUCCUGCACAUGCAUUUUCUAGGCAGCUGAACCUUUUAAGCACUGCAACCCCUGCUGUUGGUGCAUGGCUUGUUCCUAUUGAUCAACUCAAGUCAUCCUUAAACAAGUUAGAAACUGAGGGAACUUUGAGAAUAUGUGCUGUUAUGGGAUGCAUAAUGACAGAAGCAUUAGAGAAUAAAAGUGUACAUUUUCCCCUAAGAAGUAAAUACAACAGACUUACAAAACUUGCCCGCUUUCUCCAAGAAAAUCCUUCAUGUUUACUAUGCAAUAUACUUCAUCACUACCUGCACCAGGCAAAUUACUCCAUCAUUGAUGAUGCUACAAUGAGUGAUGGACUUCCUGCUUUGGUAACUUUAAAGAAAGGUUUAGUUGCACUGGCAAGGCAAUGGAUGAAGUUUAUUGUGGUGACACCAGCCUUUAAAGGAGUUAGCUUACAUAGACCAGCUCAGCCCUUGAAACCUCAAAUGGCUGUGGACCAUGAACAUGAAGAUGGACUUGGGCUAGACAAUGGGGGUGGUCUGCAAAGUGAUACCAGUGCUGAUGGAGCAGAAUUUGAGUUUGAUGCAGCCACAGUCAGUGAACACACAAUGCUACUAGAAGGAACAGCUAACAGGCCCCCACCUGGUGGCUCUGGACCUGUAACUGGAGCUGAAAUAAUGAGGAAGCUUUCUAAGACUCAUACUCAUAGUGACUCUGCGUUAAAAAUAAAGGGCAUUCACCCAUAUCAUUCUCUGAGCUAUACCAGUGGAGAUACUGCCACAGAUUCUCCAGUGCAUGUUGGACGUUCUGGAAUGCCAGUAAAGGAGAGUCCAAGGAAAGAGAGUCUGCUCAGCUACCUGACUGGAAGCUUCCCAAGCUUACACAAUCUUCUGGAAGGGACUCCCCAGAGAAGUAGUGCAGCUGUGAAAAGUAGCUCUCUAACGAGAACAGGAAAUACAGUAGCCACUGAUAUAUUAUCUGAACAUCCCUUGCUAUCUGAGCCAUCAUCUGUGAGCUUCUAUAACUGGAUGUCAAAUGCUGUGGGUAAUAGAGGAAGUGUGGUACAAGAAUCUCCUGUUACAAAGUCAGGACACAAUAGCCUUCCAACAGGUGUUGCACCCAAUCUUCCUACAAUACCCUCAGCCUCAGAUUUCAACACAGUCUUGUCUAGCGACCAGAAUACUUUGGAUGGGACGCAUUCUCAGCGUAGCACUAGUCAAGAUGAUGUUGCAGGUGUAGAAGAAGCAAACCAGGGGUUUCCUGCUGUUCAGCUUGCUGAUGCACAGGUUGUUUUCAAACCUCUUCUGAGUCAUACAGGGAUCCAGUCACAGGAUGCAGUGCCACUCUGCUACCGAAUGUACUUUGGAGAACAUCUGUCAUUUUCAGGGACUUUGGAUUGCCUCAGAGCAGAUAUUGUGGAUUCAGACACAGCCAAAGAGAGAAAAGGCAAAAGAGCAAGAAGGCAAGGCCAUGUAAAUCUUCCUCCACUUGAGUUCAAGCCAGCAUUAAUGUUGGAAACCUUUAGCAUCAGUGCUGUUGUAAUGGAAAAGUCAGUGUGCACCCCUCAGAACUCUACCAGCGCCCUUUCUUUUCAUGACCUCAACAAGCGUUAUUACAAUACCUUCCACUGCAACUUUACUAUUUCCUGUCAGUCAAUAAGCCAGCAUGUAGAUAUGGCUUUGGUUCGUCUUAUUCAUCAAUUUAGUACAAUGAUAGAUGACAUCAAAGCAACUCAGACUGACAUUAAACUUAGCAGAUAUACAGCUGGAUCAGCUUCCCCGACACCUACCUUCAAAACCAGAAAACACCGGGAUUUUCGCUCAUCUGACUUCAGCCGCAGUUCUAGAGGAAGUCUUAAUGGUGCCAAUAGAGUAAAUAAUGCAAAGAAUAAACGGACCAACAAUGAGAAUAACAAAAAGGAAUCACGAAACAAGAAUUCACUAGGAAGAUCUGAAAGAAGAACUUCAAAAGUGUCUAGGAAAGGUUCAAAGGAUGUGGUAGAUCACAUGACUAUUCAUAUGGAUGACUCAGAUUCAAUUACUGUGUCAGAGCAAAGUGAGCCUUCGGCCGAGUGCUGGCAGAACAUGUAUAAAUUGCUUAACUUCUAUUCACUUAUCUCUGAUCCAACAGGAAUAUUGGAAAAAUCUUCAGAAACAUUUGGGCCAGCAGGAGUUCGGAGUCCUACAGAACCAACAUGUAAAGUUGUUUUUGAGAACGAACAAGACAACAACAGUUUGACUAAGACACAGAGGAAACGUAGCUUGGUUACUGCUGAACCUCAGCAUGUUACUCUAAUAGUAUUUGGGAUUGGCAUGGUGAAUCGCACACACCUGGAGGCAGAUAUUGGUGGGUUAACAAUGGAAUCGGAACUGAAGAGAAUUCAUGGCAGUUUUACCCUUAAGGAAAAAAUGAAAGAUGUUUUACAUCAAAAGAUGACUGAGACAUGCGCCACUGCUCACAUUGGUGGGGUUAAUAUUGUGCUGCUUGAAGGGAUUACACCAAAUAUACAACUGGAGGAUUUUCCUACAUCUCCUACAAGCACAGCCAAACAAGAGUUUCUGUAUGUCAUAUUAUUCUUUUUCAUAGAUCUAUCAUCAUUGUUUUUUAGGAGGUCUUCAUGUGCUCUGGUGUUGGAUAGAAAAUACCUGUUUAAAGUACAUUUUUGCGAUUUAUCACUGAGAACUCCAAUAACUCUACACAGUGAAUUGGUAACUGUUCUAAUUGUGUUUCUUUUUACUUUACUUGCUUUGAUUUAUAGCCCACAGCCUGCAAAAGAAGAUAUUGCAACCCCUCUACCUUCUGAAAAAACACCGACAAGUGUUAAUCAAACUCCAAUAGAAACAAAUGAAUUUCCUCAGCUACCUGAAGGCUUAGAAAAGAAGCCUAUUGUUCUUAAGUUUAGUGCCAUGUUAGAUGGUAUAGCCAUUGGAGCAGCACUUUUACCAUCUCUGAAAGCAGAAUACAAGAUGGGAAGAAUGCGAAGUCAUGGAAUGACAGGUGCACAGACAAGGUUUACAUUUGAGCUGCCAAAUCACAGACUGCGUUUUACUUCAAAAGUUUCUGCCACAGAUAUGUCAACCAUUCCUCCUUCUGCCAGUCUUAACCUUCCUCCUGUGACUAUGUCAGGGAAAUAUAUAAUGGAAGAACAUGAUAGUUAUUCAGAUCAGGUGUGGAGUAUCGAUGAGCUGCCUUCUAAACAAGGGUACUAUUUACAGGGAAAUUAUCUACGUUGUGUUGCAGAGGUUGGUUCCUUUGAACAUAAUCUCACAACCGAUCUUCUAAACCACUUGGUAUUUGUACAGAAAGUGUUCAUGAAGGAAGUUAAUGAAGUAAUACAAAAAGUUUCUGGUGGGGAGCAGCCUAUUCCUCUGUGGAAUGAACAUGAUGGAACAGCAGAUGGAGAUAAACCUAAAAUUCUUCUCUAUUCCCUGAACUUGCAGUUUAAGGGUAUUCAAGUAACAGCUACAACACCAUCAAUGAGAGCUGUGAGAUUUGAAACUGGGUUGAUUGAACUGGAACUAUCAAACCGACUUCAAACCAAAGCUUCACCAGGAAGUAGCAGUUAUCUCAAACUAUUUGGUAAAUGCCAGGUGGAUUUAAAUCUGGCAUUAGGACAAAUUGUCAAACAUCAGGUUUAUGAGGAAGCUGGUUCUGAUUUUCAUCAAGUUGCCUAUUUUAAAACCAGAAUUGGAUUAAGAAAUGCCCUCCGAGAAGAAAUCAGUGGUUCUUCAGAUAGAGAAGCUGUACUUAUUACCUUGAAUAGACCAAUUGUUUAUGCACAGCCUGUAGCCUUUGAUAGAGCUGUGCUGUUCUGGCUGAAUUAUAAGGCUGCUUAUGACAAUUGGAAUGAACAACGCAUGGCCUUACACAAGGAUAUUCAUAUGGCAACAAAGGAAGUAGUAGAUAUGCUGCCUGGUAUCCAGCAAACAUCAGCCCAGGCCUUUGGGACUCUGUUCCUCCAACUCACUGUGAAUGAUCUUGGAAUUUGCUUGCCUAUCACAAAUGCUGCACAGUCUAAUCACACUGGAGACCUUGAUACUGGCUCUGCUUUGGUUUUGACCAUUGAAAGUACUCUCAUCACUGCUUGCUCUUCAGAGUCUCUGGUUAGUAAAGGACAUUUCAAAAACUUUUGUAUCCGUUUUGCUGAUGGCUUUGAGACGUCGUGGGAUGACUGGAAACCAGAAAUUCGUGGGGAUCUAGUGAUGAAUGCCUGUGUAGUUCCAGAUGGUACCUAUGAAGUAUGUUCAAGGACAACAGGACAAGCAGCAGCUGAAAGUAGUAGUGCUGGAACCUGGACACUCAAUGUAUUAUGGAAAAUGUGUGGGAUUGAUGUCCACAUGGAUCCUAAUAUUGGGAAAAGACUUAAUGCUCUGGGCAACACCCUUACAACACUGACAGGAGAGGAGGAUAUAGAUGACAUUGCUGAUCUAAAUUCAGUCAACAUAGCAGACCUUUCAGAUGAAGAUGAAGUUGAUACUAUGUCUCCCACUAUCCAUACUGAAGCUGUAGAUUAUCGAAGACAAGGAACAUCUGGCAGCCAACCAGGAGAACUUAGAGGAAGAAAAAUUGUGAAGCGUAUAGUAGAUAUCAGAGAACUAAAUGAACAGGCCAAAGUAAUAGAUGAUCUCAAAAAAUUGGGUGCAAGUGAAGGCACCAUAAACCAGGAAAUUCAACGUUAUCAGCAGUUAGAAUCUGUUGCUGUGAAUGACAUUCGAAGAGAUGUCCGGAAGAAGUUACGGAGAUCCAGUAUGCGAGCUGCUUCCCUAAAGGAUAAGUGGGGCUUGGGUUACAAACCAAGUUACAGUCGAUCAAAAAGCAUUUCUGCUUCUGGAAGACCACCUCUUAAGCGAAUGGAAAGGGCAAGUUCUCGAGUAGGAGAAAGCGAGGAACUCCCAGAAAUCCGAGUGGAUGCAGCAUCUCCUGGCCCCAGAGUAACUUUCAAUAUCCAGGAUACAUUUCCAGAAGAGACAGAACUGGACCUUUUGUCAGUAACCAUUGAUGGUCCAUGCCAUUACUCAUCUAAUAGUGAAGGGUCCUGUACUGUGUUCAGUUCUCCCAAAACUCCAGGAGGCUUUUCACCAAGUAUUCCUUUCCAACCUGAAGAGGGCCGACGAGAUGACAGUUUGUCUUCUACCAGUGAAGACUCUGAUAAGGAUGAAAAGGAAGAAGACCAUGAGAGGGAAAGGUUUUAUAUAUACAGAAAACCGUCACAUACGUCUCGUAAAAAAGCAACAGGCUUUGCUGCUGUUCAUCAGCUAUUUACUGAACGCUGGCCAACAGCCCCAGUCAACCGAAGUCUCAGUGGUACAGCUACAGAAAGAAAUAUUGACUUUGAACUUGAUAUACGGGUUGAAAUCGAUAGCGGAAAAUGUGUACUCCAUCCAACCACCCUUCUACAAGAACAUGAUGAUAUAAGCUUGAGAAGGAGUUAUGAUCGAAGUUCCAGGAGCUUAGAUCAAGAUUCUCCUUCUAAAAAGAAGAAGUUUCAAACUAAUUAUGCUUCUACGACCCAUUUAAUGACUGGCAAAAAAGUGCCAUCUUCUCUACAGACAAAGCCUAGUGACUUGGAAACAACAGUAUUUUACAUUCCUGGUGUUGAUGUAAAGUUACAUUACAAUUCUAAGACUCUAAAGACUGAAUCACCUAAUGCAUCCAGAGGAUCUUCCUUGCCCAGAACACUCUCAAAAGAAUCCAAGCUGUAUGGUAUGAAAGAUAGUGCAACAUCUCCUCCUUCUCCUCCUUUACCUUGCACUGUCCACAGCAAGACUAACACCUUACUUCCUCCCCAACCCCCACCUAUUCCUUCAGCCAAAGGAAAAGGAAGUGGAGGAGUGAAAACAGCCAAAUUAUAUGCCUGGGUAGCACUUCAGUCAUUGCCAGAAGAAAUGGUUAUUAGUCCCUGCCUGUUAGACUUUCUGGAAAAAGCACUGGAAACUAUUCCAAUUACACCAAUUGAGAGGAAUUAUACAACUGUCAGCUCACAAGAUGAAGAUAUGGGACAUUUUGAAAUACCCGAUCCUAUGGAAGAAUCAACAACAUCAUUAGUAUCAUCUUCAACAUCUGCUUACUCUUCCUUCCCUGUAGAUGUUGUGGUUUAUGUACGAGUUCAGCCCUCACAGAUCAAGUUUAGUUGUUUGCCAGUAUCAAGAGUGGAAUGCAUGCUAAAGCUGCCAUCCCUGGACUUGGUGUUUUCUUCAAACCGAGGAGAACUGGAGACUUUAGGGACUACAUAUCCUACUGAGACUUUAUCUCCUGGAAGUAAUGCUCCUCAGAGUGCAACAAAGACCUCUGCAAACAAGACUGGAACACCAGGUUCAUCAGGAUUAGGCAGCCCUCUUGGCAGAAGCCGACACAGUAGUAGUCAGUCAGAUCUGACCAGUUCCAGCAGCAGUUCUUCUGGCUUGAGCUUCACUGCAUGCAUGUCUGAUUUUUCCCUUUAUGUAUUUCAUCCAUAUGGAGCAGGAAAACAAAAAACUGCUGUUUCUGCACUCACAUCUGGAUCAGGAGGAUUAGGGAAUGUGGAUGAGGAACCCACUUCAGUCACUGGUCGGAAAGACUCCCUCAGUAUAAACCUUGAAUUUGUAAAAGUGAGUUUGUCUCGGAUAAGACGUUCAGGAGGUGCCUCAUUUUUUGAAAGCCAGUCUGUAAGCAAGUCUGCAAGCAAAAUGGACACUACAUUAAUAAAUAUAUCUGCUGUUUGUGAUAUAGGGUCUGCCUCUUUUAAAUACGAUAUGCGCCGACUCAGUGAAAUUCUAGCAUUUCCAAGAGCUUGGUAUAGGAGAAGUAUUGCAAGACGCCUUUUCCUCGGAGACCAAACCAUAAAUCUGCCAACUUCUGGUCCAGGAACACCUGAUUCCAUUGAAGGGGUAAGCCAGCACCUUUCCCCUGAGUCAUCAAGAAAAGCUUACUGCAGAACCUGGGAGCAGCCCAGUCAGUCAGCCUCCUUCAACCACAUGCCUCAGUCACCUAAUGUGUUCAAUGAACAUAUAACAAACAGCACCAUGUCGCCAGGGACAGCAGCACAGAGCCUAAAAUCCCCAGCUUCCAUAAGAUCAAGGAGUGUGUCUGAUUCUUCUGUUCCCCGAAGAGAUUCACUUUCAAAAACAUCAACUCCUUUUAACAAAUCAAACAAAGCAGCAAGCCAACAAGGGACUCCAUGGGAAACACUUGUCGUGUUUGCCAUCAACUUGAAGCAAUUAAACGUUCAAAUGAAUAUGAGUAAUGUAAUGGGAAAUACAAAUUGGACAACUAGUGGUUUGAAGAGCCAAGGCCGCCUGUCAGUAGGAAGUAAUCGAGAUCGAGAGAUUAGCAUGUCUGUUGGUCUGGGAAGAUCACAGUUAGAUUCUAAAGGAGGCGUAGUUGGAGGGACCAUAGAUGUCAAUGCUUUGGAGAUGGUUGCUCAUAUUUCUGAACAUCCAAAUCAGCAACCCAGUCACAAAAUUCAGAUUACUAUGGGAUCUACUGAAGCCCGAGUUGAUUACAUGGGCUCAAGUAUCCUUAUGGGAAUCUUCAGUAACGCUGAUCUUAAGCUUCAGGAUGAAUGGAAAGUAAACCUGUAUAAUGCAUUGGAUUCAAGCAUGACUGAUAAAAGUGAAAUCUUUGUCCAUGGAGAUCUGAAGUGGGAUAUUUUCCAAGUAAUGAUAUCAAGAUCUACCACACCAGACCUGAUAAAAAUAGGAAUGAAGCUCCAGGAAUUUUUCACACAGCAGUUUGACACCAGCAAACGAGCCCUGUCUACUUGGGGACCAGUUCCUUAUCUUCCACCUAAAACAAUGACUAACAACCUAGAGAAAAGUUCACAAGAACAAUUGCUUGAUGCAGCUCAUCAUCGUCAUUGGCCUGGAGUAUUGAAAGUGGUGUCAGGAUGCCACAUAUCCUUAUUUCAGAUUCCAUUACCAGAAGAUGGAAUGCAGUUUGGAGGAUCAAUGAGCUUACAUGGAAAUCAUAUGACACUGGCUUGUUUUCAUGGUCCAAAUUUCCGCUCAAAAUCCUGGGCUCUUUUUCAUUUAGAAGAACCAAAUAUUGCUUUUUGGACUGAAGCUCAAAAAAUUUGGGAAGAUGGUUCCAGUGAUCACUCUACAUAUAUUGUACAAACAUUGGAUUUCCAUCUGGGUCAUAAUACCAUGGUUACCAAACCAUGUGGUGCUUUGGAAAGUCCCAUGGCAACAAUAACUAAGAUAACAAGGCGUCGCCAUGAAAAUCCACCCCAUGGAGUAGCCAGUGUGAAAGAAUGGUUCAAUUAUGUUACAGCCACAAGGAAUGAAGAGCUAAACCUGCUUCGUAAUGUUGAUGGUAAUAACACUGAAAAUAGCACCACUGUGAAGAACUCUAGCUUGUUAAGUGGAUUCAGAGGAGGUUCUAGCUACAAUCAUGAAACUGAGACCAUCUUUGCGUUACCAAGAAUGCAGCUCGACUUUAAGUCCAUUCAUGUUCAAGAACCACAGGAACCUUCAUUACAAGAUGCCAACUUGAAGCCAAAGGUAGAAUGUAGUGUGGUAACAGAGUUUACUGACCACAUUUGUGUGACUAUGGAUGCUGAGCUUAUCAUGUUUCUUCAUGAUUUAGUGUCAGCUUACCUAAAAGAAAAAGAAAAAGCCAUUUUUCCACCUCGGAUUUUAUCUACUCGACCAGGACAGAAAAGUCCAAUUAUUAUACAUGAUGACAAUUCCUCUGACAAAGACAGAGAAGACAGCAUCACUUAUACAACUGUGGACUGGAGAGAUUUUAUGUGUAACACGUGGCAUCUAGAGCCUACUCUUAGGUUAAUUUCUUGGACUGGAAGAAAGAUUGAUCCCGUAGGCGUUGACUAUAUUCUUCAGAAAUUGGGCUUUCAUCAUGCAAGGACUACUAUUCCUAAGUGGCUUCAGAGAGGAGUCAUGGAUCCACUGGAUAAGGUUCUUUCAGUUCUUAUCAAAAAGCUGGGUACUGCACUACAGGAUGAAAAGGAAAAGAAAGGAAAAGACAAAGAAGAACACUAAAAAAUGAUCUGUGAACAAAUUAUGAUUGUGUCCGUUAAGUUUAUUACACUGGAAUUUUUUUACUAUAACAAAAUUAUUUUAAAUGUAACUUUAAAUUCUAAUUUUGUGGCCAUUAUAUUGAAAGUGUGUAAGUUAACCUGUGUAUUCUAGUUCCACCAUUCUGUAUACAGUGAAGUAUUGCAUGAUAAUGUAAAUUUUGUGAAAGACUAGAUUAAAAUAUAUAAAUCUGUCCAUUUAAGGUUUAUAACUGUAUUAUGUGCAAUAUUAUUCCUGUAUCUUUAAUAUAUUUGCAGAAUUACUGUGAAUUUUCUUGUUACUGGCCAUAACUUUUAGAAAAAAAAACCUUGUUGAUAAUGUGAUUUUUUUUGUUAUCAAUUACAUUUCCGUUUUUCAAUGUAGACCUGUAUAAAUACUUAUUUGUAUAUAGUUUGAAUAACUGUGAUAUGAUUGCAUACCAGUAAAAUAUUAUUUGUAACUAUUGUAAUAAAAAGUUACAAUAAU